GUCAUCAGAUCUAUGAUCGUGUUUCAUUCUUCGGAACGAAAUUGAGAAGAGGAAUACUGAAACAUUUCUUUCUGCAGUGUCAAGACAUUCAUGUUGGCAAACAUCUAACGUCCAUUAUGAUGUCGAAGAGGGCGCUAAAGUAUUUCUUACUCCCACUUCUGUGUUCAUUUCUUCCUGCCUUAACAAUAAUACAUUUGCCAAAGACGGGCAACCACUACACCCGUAUGUUUCACUUCAACAAAAUUCAACCAUUAAGAGAAUUUCAGGACAAAGCAGGACCCAAGGUAUUGCAAAAAGAUUCGCUGAAUAAUUCUCGAAAUCCCUUUUGCCCUAGUCUUUCGGCAAGGCAAAAACACAGACACUAUACCUACAAGGACCACAUUCCAAGUCAAAUAUCUUGGAAAAGUUUGCUCGACAUGACUCAUCCGAAUUUCACAUCAUUUCACAUCACCAAAACAAAUCGGAACAAUGCUUUUAAGUAUUUCGUCUGCGAUGAACUUCGGCUGAUCAUUCAAGCCCGGAAUGGGAUAAACGAGAGCAAGACUUACGGGGGAGACUAUUUCCGCGCCAAAAUAUAUACAAAAAAUUCAACUUUCCAGGCAAGCUCGAUGUCAGACGGCGAAGUUGUUGACCAUGGUAACGGGACGUACAGCGCCCUCUUUACCUUGAAGUGGGCAGGUUUGGUUAACAUUCAGGUUACCUUAGUUCAUACAAGUGAGGCCAAUUAUGUACUUCGGAGAUUUCAGAAAGAAGAAGUUAUCAGGAUAAAAUACCAAGGUCGAUUUUAUUCCAAAGAAUCGAAGAAGUCUAAGGAAACAUACUGUAACAUGGACCUCAAAGUGCUCCAAAAGACUACAGCAAAGAAGAAAGUAGAGACCGAAAGUUGUAACUUCACCGACACAAGAACCGGUGCCCCUUGGUUUUGUGUCAAGCCACAGGAUUUUCCCUGCAGCGAUUAUGUAAUGCAUCACGGCGCGGGGUCUGCACUGUCUAAGAGAGAUACAUCGAAUAUUGAACGACUUUCCUUUACCUGGAAAGACCAAAGGAUAACUGGAUCUGAAAAUAGCAUUGUAGUCCAUCAUAUGCCAGGUAAAGAGUCUGUCGUACACAGUGGGGCAGUAAACCAUCUUCCAGCUUGCACACCGAAGAUUCAAUUCGGAACACCACAAGUUGCUGGCUUUUACUGGGGAAAGAAUUGGCUCUCGGCAGAUUGUGGCAUGCAUACAUUUAAUAAAUCGCGAGCAAUCUCGCUCUUAAGAAAUAAAACGGUGCACUUGUUAGGGGAUUCUACCAUCCGACAGCUAUUUGAAUUUUAUGUAGAAUUAUUCGAAUUGGAAACAGGUUCCAAGUUGCUCCCGUUGUGGUACUACGGACCGACAAUCGUCAAAGACAGUAAAAACAACAUAACAUUCCACUUCCAGUUUCAUGGACUUCCAAAUGGGAGAGGCGCAUGGGGAAAUAUUUCAAAUUUUGAGUACAUAGCAAAUAUCAUCGAUCGUAUUAAAGGAGGGGAGAACACUAUUUUUGUUUUGACGUUGUGGGCGCACUUUACUCCUCACCCUCCCCUAUACUACGAAGCUCGUGUAGAGUCUAUGUUAACGUCUAUAAGACGCCUUCAUGUUCGUAGUCCUAGAACUUUGGUCAUCUGGAAAAGUGCAAAUACGAGAGAACAUGGCCGAUUGGAUCACCUCCUUAGAAACAGUGACUGGACAGCGAGGGAUCUGGAUAGAAGGAUGCGAAACAAAGUUUUCGCAUAUGAAAAUAUCGGGUUCAUGGACGCCUGGGACAUGACAAAUGCGCAGUUUGAAAAACACGCACUCCAUCCUAUCGGAUCGCACGUUGAAAAUCUCAGCAAUAAACUGUUAUCAUAUGUUUUAAAUCACGAUAAAAAGGAAUGAUAUAUGCUUUUAAAAUCUUUCUUUCAAUAAUCAUCAAACGACAAAAGAGAUUUGAAGGAAUUAAUUUAUACGAUUAAGAACGAAAUUUGUUGAGUUAAUCCAGGCUAGAGGAGGCAUGACCUUGCAAUAUUUUUAUGGUUUCUUGUCAAUUCGAGGGUGGUGAUUCCAAAUCUGAAUGAUGUCAUUUUCCGCAUAUUGGCGAAAUCCAGUAUGGCUGUCAAAAUAUUCAAAUUACCCAGCAUGAAAAUUAGAGAAUUGCCUGCACAUUGGCUACAAAAUUAAUGUAAUUGUGUUGCAGGAGUGAAAAACAAAUUUAAAAAUAUUUUUGAAAAAAUGAAACAUUUUUGUUAAUAAUCAUGUUUUCAGACAGGAGCCCAGUCAUAGAACACAAUCUCAUGCACUAAUAGUGCUCUUGUCUUAAAACUAUUCCCCCCCCCCUUAAUAUCCUACAUAAUAGAGUGUACGGGGGUCUAUGGCGACCAUUUUUAUGAAUAUAAAGAAAAUAAUUAUUUUGAAGAAAAAAAAAAUCAUUUUUUCAGAGAGUAUUUCACUCCUGCAACACGCGUUUUUAUAGAAAAUGUGUGAGUAAUUUUAUGAUUUUCAUGGGUAGGCCUAAUUUCCAUAUUUUGGCGGCCAUAUAACUUUUUUGUCAAUUUGCGGAAAAUGCUCAAGGUUACACUAGUGGCAUCAUUCAGAUUCGGAAUCUGCACCCCUGAGAAACCAUACAAAUUAUUGUACUAUGAAAAACAAGGUUUGGUUAAGGAGCUCCUUGGUUUGGUUCACUUUCUAUGGGGCCUAGCCUGGACUAAGUGGGAUACAUAUUUUCAGCAGGCCUAUGUAUCUAUUGCUGAUCUUGAAUAUAUUGAUAUAUCGUAAAGAAUAGAAAAUAACCUGCUGACAGAAUGGGAAGUAUGUUGUAUCAAGGGCCGCAGAACAGUUUUGAAAGUUUGGGGGGGGGGGCUGC